UGCUAAACGGAAAUAGUUAUAACCACAAUUUGAGAUACUAUACAUCCUGUAGAUACUACAAAUGUAAAGUGUUUGUGUGAGUAUAUGUGAGACCAGUGUAGUUAUUAUGUCAAGGCUUCUCUGUGAUGGAAGCCAGACGUUGCUGAUAAUAUUCAAACACGAACAAUUAAUAUUUUGGGAGGUUUCACUGAGUAAUAUGAUAAAGAAAACCCACUGUGCAUAUGGUUAGAUUAGACUUGGACAUUUUGAUGGAUAUAAUUGCGAGAACAUCAUGCGAGCAGUGUUUGGCAGCUAUUCAGUCAUUAAAUGGAUUGCAACUCAAGUGGUGACACUUUAAUAGACACUUCGUCCCAAGUAUUCAUUAUUCGGCGGGCGCCACUUUAUAUUUGUGAAACUACAUAAUCUUUAGCGCCUAGAGCUGGCAAAGAAAGUCGCUUUUCUAAGAUUAAGACUUAUAGUAAGCAGAUAUAAUUUUUGGAAUAAGUUCGAAUUAUGCACUUUUCUUCAUUUCUGUUGCUAACGAGUUGAAGGCAGUGCAAAUAUAAAAGAUAUACAGAGUAAAUGUUUAUAAAAUGCUUAGCUUGAAACAGUUAGUGUAAAAAACAUGCGUUUUCAGCUUUAUUGAUACUUUGUACUUUUCAUCAAUAAAACAGUUCAUAAAGAUUUCUGGACUUGAUUUAUGGAAGCAGAGGGGCUGGAAUAUCAUUAUAGAUUAAACCAUUAAUCAUAAAGUAAGUUUCAUUGAAACAAGUCGCACAGAUUGAAUUGAUUCAUGAACAUUUCAACUUCUUUGAUCCCGGUAUUGAAAAACAUCACAGAGGCAUGAGACGCUUUUAUUGAGUCACGCGCUCAAGUCAAAGACGCUUGCUACUAUUGAAAACGCUGCACGCGCAAUCGUAACAAAACAGUAACUCAUAGCAGAUGAACGUGCCAGUUGAAGCAGACGAUAAGUGAAAGUUGCAGAAACAAGACAAAUAGUGUUAGAAAUAAUGGAAAUUAAUAUUUGUGCAUUUACAAACGGAAAUAUGUUUCCAACGAUGCAAAGAUAGCUGGUUCCUCGAAGAUAUCUGGCAAGUUUGAUGUACAAUGGACCCGACAGUGUUGUUACACAUUUGGAUGAAGAUGUUGAUUUCCAUAUUCCCGAUCAUACUCAGUGUUUACAUAGCAUCGUCUGCAACCACAUUGAGCAUCCCGUGCCCAAGGUCAUGUGACUGCAAUCACGUGCAGAAGAAUGCACAAGAGAGAAUUCUGGACAUUAAGUGUUUUGUUUGGGAUAUAAAUGACGUGAAUUCACGUUCCCUGUCAGUAGUGCAGGAAGAUUUUGAGUUGACGUUGGUUUGUGACUCUGGUAUUCCUGUUGAACUGGACAACAACAUGUUUUCCUAUCUACCUUACAUGAAAUCAAUUUCAUUUGACAACUGUAAAAUAUCAUAUGUUCACAGACAUGCCUUCAUCGGAGUUCCAGAUUUACACACCAUUGCUAUUAAUUCGGCAUCAAAUUUACAUCUUCAGUUCCACCCGGAUGUGUUCAAAAAGGUGACAAAACUCAAUACUUUAGUCCUAACCGGAAGUGGUAUUGUGAAAGUACCAACCCUUUGUAACUUAGGUGAUCUGAACGUGUUGAAUGUCUCGUCUAAUUCGCUUGUAUCAUUUGAGACUGCAGGAAUUAAUUGCACGGGUGAUUCAGCUCUUCAAAGUCUUACUGUUAUUGAUAUAUCAAAUAAUUAUUUUCAAACUGUCAAAGAAAUGGAAACUAUCGGCAAACAUUGUCCAAAUGUUGAAAUAUUUAUGGCUUCCGAUAACGAUAUCAAAAUGUCGUCCAAUGAAAAUCCUUUUAGUAACUUUAAGAAUCUACGUGUAUUAUCAUUAUCCAGAAAUAAAAUAUCUGUACUUCCAGACACAUUGUUAGACGCGAACAAAGAUAUUCAAGAAAUAAGUUUGUCGGCUAAUAACUUACAACACUUACCGUCGGAUAUCUUCAGACAGUCAAGUCGUCUUCUUCAAGUCGAGAUUCAGGAAAAUUCUUUGGGUGAUUCCGUAUGGCUUGAACUAGCAGACGUCAAAAACCUUCUGUACCUAGAUUUAAGUGACAACGAACUUACAUUCCUUAAUCAAACUACAAUAACUGUGUUGCCUGAUCUGCUUUAUUUGAACCUAGCACGUAACUGGAUUUCGCAUUUUCCCGUAAGGACAUUCGAGAACCAGCAAGGCUUAAAAACGCUAAAUCUUGACGGAAGUAUGAUUCAUACACUUGAUAACGAGGCUCUAUACGGGCUGCUCUCUCUUACUCGACUAGAGCUUCAAAAUAAUAGACUUUACAGUAUGAAUCAAAACACCUUCUCUCCAGUAACUCAACUAUUUCAUCUGAACAUUUCUCACAAUUAUUUGCAGGAGUUACCUUCCUUGGAUAAGCUUUUGUCUUUGAAAGUGUUUGACGCCAGUCACAACAGCAUUGAGAAGAUUUCAGAGAAAAUGUUCAAAGCUCAUAACAACAUCAGAGACAUAAACCUUUCAGAUAAUCAUAUCACGGAGCUUCCAGACACUCUUUUCUUGUCAUGCAAAUCAUUGGAAAAUCUGGAUUUAUCGAACAAUUUCAUUAAGUACAUUCAUCCAUCGUUAUUUUUUGGCAUGAAUCUUCAGAAAUUGUUUUUGCAGAGAAACAGUCUCCAGGAUGUCGGGACAAUGUUUUACAGUCUUAAACAACUGCAGGAAUUGAACCUGAGCAGUAAUGAAAUUACUGAUACAAUUCAAAGACUUACUUUCCCAGAAAAUCUUGUUAUGUUAGAUUUGUCUUAUAACAGAAUAGAGCACAUCAGACCUUUCGCAUUUGUCGGUCUCGAUCAGAUUCGAAUGAUAGACCUUCGAUAUAAUCGAGUUUUUACGCUUUCAAAAGAAUCAUUGACUGUGUCUACUGGACAAUAUGCACAAACUGGUUUCCGGAUAAACGAAAACCCAUUAAAAUGCGACUGCAAUCUCCUCUGGUUAAAACACUGGAACCAGGCCACAAGCGGACCAAUCAUAGUCAACUUAAACAUCACGCGGUGCAGCGGAGCGUACAAUUACCCACAAUCCCCUGUAAAAGCAGUGCCGGAAGAACGAUUUCUGUGUAAAUAUGAGAGUGUGUGUACGUCUGCGUGUAAAUGUUGUGACUUCAUGGCUUGUGAUUGUAAGUACAAGUGCCCUGAAAACUGCGAAUGCUAUAACAGCGCCGACUAUUUGACAACACAUUAUAUCAAAUGUUCCAAUGAGAAUAUAACCGCCAUAGAUAAAUUCAUUCCAAAGAUAGCCACCAAACUUGACUACAGCGGAAGUGACCUCGUUCAACUUGAAAGUCAUAGUUUCAUCGGAAUGGUCAAUUUGAAAUCGUUAUUACUAAACAAUAGCAAUAUUAAGUUAAUUUCGAAUGGAACUUUUAUUGGAUUAACGCAUCUAAAGACACUUUACCUUAACCAUAACUUAAUCAAAACUCUUUGGAAAGAUAUGUUCAACGGUUUGGAUAAUUUAGAAACAUUGUACUUGGACAACAAUUAUAUAUCUGUGAUUCAAGAUGGAGUAUUUAAUCACAUUUCAUCCAUGACAAAAUUAAGUCUUACAAAUAACUUCCUUCAGUAUAUGAGCGAUUAUGUAUCGGCUCUAGUAUUUAGUAUAAAAGAUAUAGAACUUUAUUCCAAUCCAUGGACGUGUAAUUGCAUCCUGUUUUUCUCUGCAAGAGGAAAGCCGAGGGCAUUUAUCAAUAUGACAGCAGGAAAAAGCAAGGACGCCUCUAAAAUAAACUGUACCGUGCAUUCUAUUAAUGGAUUGAAUCAAGCAAAAGCUUUGCAAGAUUACAGGGGAAUUUGUGAACGCCAAACAACGCCUACUGCGAAAUUGACAGUCUCGUUUAUGGAAGAAAUAGCAUCUUCUGGUGAAGAUGUUAACAAACCAAACACUGAAGAAUCCCGGAACCAAAUACCCGAAAAUAGUAACGGAAAUGACGUCAUUCGCCAGAAUCUUGAUGGAAACAUUUGGAACGAUACGAUGAAAAUAUUCAUUCCAGCCAUUGUCGCAGCAACGAUUCUUUUCAUUGUUGUUUUAAUAGUUUUGUGCAGACGAGAAUUCGUAAAAUGUUGGUUUCUUACCAAAUUUAGGGGCAAAACAGACGAACUUGAGCUUUUAUAUGACAAAAAGCGUUUCUAUGAUGCGUUUGUUGCUUAUCAUCCACGUGAUGAGCUCUACGUCAUCAGAGAUUUGGCACUAAGACUUGAACGCGGAGAGCAUAAAUAUCUUCUGCAACUUCAACACCGUGAUUGUCCUUCAGGGACAUCAGUUCCAAACUAUAUAGACAGCAGUGUGAAGUCCAGUCAUAGAACAAUCAUUGUGUUGUCUAAAGACUAUGCCGCUGAUAAUGCAUCUUUAAAAUAUGUUCUAGAAUCUGUUAAACUAGAUUCUAUUCGCAGACUUAUUGUUAUAGUUUUAGAUAAGGUAGAAAAGUCAAAACUAGACCCAGUUAUGCAGACAGUUGUGAAAAGUGAAAAAUGUCUUCAGUUUGGCGAAAGAUGGUUUUGGGAAAAAUUGAAACUUUGCCUCCCAGAGCCAGGUAAAGUUGAACGAGACAUUGCUCGUGCUGAGGUUCAUCCUUACGCUUGUACGGAUCUAGCGAGACUUUCUUCUUCCAUGAUGGAUAACCAGGCGUACGAGGAACCGUUUUCAGUUUCUUCCUUAGCAACCCGACCUUUACCGGCGGUUGCCGAUUACACGCCACCAUCACAAUCAUACCAGUAUACAGCUGGUUCUCAGCAGAGUUCAAACAUUUAUGAAGAAAUAAAAGACCAAGAAAACACGUCAUUGAAAUACGCAGAGCCUUGGACUGAUUCCCAGCUUCAGACCAAUGUAGAAACGCUGUCGCGCGCCUCGAAGGCGUAACGUCGUCGUUUAUAAAACUCAUUCUUUCUGGUAGAGGACCAAUAACACCCAUAUUUGAUUUAUAUAUUGUGAAAUAUUGACUGAAUCUAUUGGUUUUUAUAUUUAAAAGCUAACUGCUUAGCUUUCUUGUACUAGCUUAAUUUAUUUAUCUUGACAAACUCAAUCGACAUGCACUCGAAUGCAUCCGACAGAGGAUUCACUACAAGUUUAUCAAUACAGUACAAUUCAUUUUACAUCUAGGAUGUUGUAUUCCGCUCUCAUGGAUUUUGCCAGACUGGAUCAAACUCCGACCUGACAAUUCAAGCCGAAUACAGUAUCCAAUGUACUGGUAAGGGGACGCAACACUGUGUUUGAGUUUGCCAAGAUCAAGCAGCUUUUAUAAUAACCAUAUUCUCUAUUGUAUUAUAAUAUGGCCUCUUUGGCAAUGUUGUUAGUUUAAACGUUGGUAAAAAGUCAAUAUAGAUCUACAUGACAUUAAUUCAUGAAUGUAUGGAUUUUUCACGCUGUGUGUUGAAUACAGUUUUGAAACUGACUUUUCAAAAACGCCAAAUCCUUGUCGGGUAGAGGUAUCUGUAAUGAUUUGACUUAGCCCUUGAACAGUUAUGAAAAAUACUGUUUAAUAAUUUUUAUGAAGUAAUGUAAAAUACAUUUGAUAUGUUACAUUUUUCUGUGUUCAAAAAAGUGUAUCUUUUAUGAGCUGGAGACUAGAGUAAUAUGGCUACACGAAGGAGUUUUAUGUAAAAAUAAAUAGACACUUUAGGCCUAAAAUAAAUCUUUGUUUCCGGUAAAUUGCUAAAAAAAAAAAUGGGGAAGGUAGGUCGGAAAUGAUUAUAUAUAUUUUUUUUAUUUUUUUAUUUACUUAUUUUUUAUUAUUAUUAUUAAGGGAGACUUUUUGGAAAUUACUUUUGUGUCAAAAAAAAUGAAUACAAAUAUGGGGGUUAUGCCUUUAGAGCAUCAAUACGUUGAUUUCUAACAUCACUGACCAUAUUUAAAGCAUAAAAAGUGCAGUUUUGCAAUUUUUUUGUUAAAAAGUUGGAAAAAAAAAAUCUCCAAGGCCAUAAAAACAUUUAUGGUCGGGCCAAAAAUUUAGGGUAGGUCGGGCUACCGGAAACAAACAAUUUUUUACGCCUUAUUGAACCAUCAGUUAGGUAUCCUUCGCGUAAUUAAAAAGAAUACUUACUAAUAAUCAUAUUACGCCAUAAGCAUUAUUAGAACUGUAUCAAAAGCCGCCUAAGUCUGCAAGAUAUUUAAAGUACAUACAGUUUUUAAUCUCUGACCGUCUGUACGUAGGUUAUUGACAGUUUUGAAAACUGAUUAGUUUUUCAUAAAACUUCAAGCCGAGAAAAAUAGAUGUACACCUCUUACUACGCUCCUGCUUUGUAUUGGUGCUUUCCUACUUAGUGUUUUAAUAUUUUCAUACUUACCAUAUAAACAGACUAAGUCUGGACUAUUUUUAAACCUUCCGGUGUGAAUAUGCAUAGUGUUCAAUAUAAUAGAGCUUAAUUGUUUCUGUUUAGUAUGGUCUAUAUUGUAAAUAUGUUUUUAAAUAUUUCUAUAAAUUUUAUCUUUCCUAUAACCUAGUCAGUUUAUGUGUUGUAGAAAAUUGCUGACUAGAAUAAUUUUAACAAAAAUCGACAUGUUUUCGCAUUCUAGUGAUUUUUGAGAAAUAAAACAUUGGGUAAAUUAUUUCAUUAUUAUAAUAUCAAGCAUUUAUUAUACUUUUAUAAAUGAUAGGAUUUUGACUAUUGUUACAUAGUGUUAUACAGGGUAAAUUUCAAGUUAUGAAUAUAAUAGUACAUGUAUAUUGCACAGUUACAGUAACCUUACUAUAAAUAGUAACAAAAAAGCCGUACGGUCUCUGUUGACGAAACCAUAAUGGCGCACGCGAAAACAUGAGUUCCUGAAAUAAGUAAACGAGAAAUGUUUUACUUUACUUUACCUUUUAUGGGGGUUGCGGGUUGGGGUUGGGCAAACAGUAAAUGAAAUUCAAAUGUUUGAUAGAUUGUAACGUUUCAAGAUAUAUUGUUUAAAGGAGAAUAACAGACUACUUCUUUUAAACUUACAGAACUUUUUUUCAGACCCGUAGUUGCAAAGUCUGAAAAGUACUCGUAUUCGAAAUUUGUUCAUGCCGAUCUUGAUUUUUUUUAUAUUAAGACAUUUUAACAUUUAGUGGGAAAUUGAUGUCGUCUUUAGUGUAUAGAAUUGUUAAAUUUGAAUUUGCUGUUGUUGAAUUAAAUUUUUGUAAGUUGUAUUUUGAAUCAUUCCAUUUGCAAAUUAUUGCUUUAGAAUUGUUUCUGAAGAGAAAAACUUUGAGAUUAUAACAAGAAAUGUGUAUGAUUAUUCUGAGAAAGAAAUGCUCCUUUUUAAUUGUUAUUGUUUUAUAAAAUGAAGUUGUCUCGGAUGGGAAAUUUUUUACUUUCGUACAUGUAAAAAUUGAUAUCUGAAUUCUGUAAAGCCGCCUCCGACUUAAGUUGUAAUUUACAAAAUCGGUCAUAUUGACCUAUUUGAAAACACAUUGACAUAUUUUGACUUGCAUAUUAGUAUUUUACGAGGUCUUAACAAAAGUUCUACAAUGUCCAAUGUAUCGAGAUUAGACUGUAUUUUAUGUUACUUCGGCGUGGUGCUAAGAACACUAUUAUAGAAAGCUACAGUAUGAUAUAUAUGUGCCAUAUAAAUUGUAAAGUAAUAAAAUUUAACUUUGAA